UGUUGUUUUUGUUAAAUGGUCCAUAACAUGGAUGGCCUUUAUGAAUAAUAAACUCUGAUUGAUACAGCAGUCGGUAAAUCACUUUCUAGUUUCCAAAUGCCUUGCGCAGGAGGAGAGGAACUCGGAUCCCAUUGAACUACGUAUCCCAGAAUGAUGUGCGAUGUGGAUCACGUGUCAGGAGUGGUCGUCACGUGGUGUAUGAGUGCAAGCUGCGACUGAUCAGGAAAAGAAAAGUGUGGGCCACACAUGCUGGGUCACUUUGACCACGUAAAAUGUCUACAGGAAAUGUGGCCAUCAAUGCAGAUUAUUCAUGGGAUGCUGGAGAGCGAGCUAGGCUCCUGCAGAGCCCCAGUGUGGAUAUGGCCCCACAGCCACGGCGGCUAGCAGGAGGGACAUCUCCAGCCGGGGCUGUUUUUAUAGUGGUGAAUGCUGCCCUGGGAGCAGGAUUGCUGAAUUUUCCUGCAGCAUUUAGUGCUGCUGGGGGAGUCACAGCAGGAAUAUCUUUGCAACUGGUGCUGCUGGUGUUCAUUAUCAGUGGGCUUGUCAUCCUGGCAUACUGUGCUGAUGCUUGCAGCGAGCGUACAUAUCAGGAGGUGGUGAGGGGCGUGUGUGGCCGCACUGCUGGAGUGAUCUGUGAGCUGCUCAUUGCUGUGUAUACUUUUGGGACUUGUAUUGCCUUCUUCAUCAUCAUAGGGGACCAGCUAGAAAAACUUUUAAGUGCAAUCAUGCACAUCUCAGAAGCGAGCAGUAUCCCGUGGUAUGCAGAUAGGAAAUUCACCAUCUCUCUUACUGGGUUCCUGUUCGUCCUCCCUUUGUCCCUCCCUCGUGAGAUCAGCGUACAGAAAUAUGCCAGUUUUCUCAGUGUUCUAGGUACAUGUUAUGUUACCAUCAUAGUCCUAGUCCGAUGUAUCUGGCGGAGCAGUGACAAUCCGUCAAAUGACAUGCCACCCAGUCCCUCCUCUUGGCUUGCAGUGUUCAAUGCUGUACCAACUAUCUGCUUUGGAUUUCAGUGCCAUGUGAGCAGCGUUCCUGUGUACGGCAGCUUACAGCAUCAAGACAUCAAACGCUGGGGAUACAUUGUGACGGUGGCAAUGUUCAUUGCUCUGUGUGUGUACACUGGGACAGGUCAGGAUCUACAUUAA